AUGUCAAGAGGUAAAACAAUAAGACCGUCAUAUUACGAUGAAGAUGAAUCUUCACAAGAUGAAUUGGAAUAUACUUUAAAUAAAGGCCGUUCAAAUAUUGGUUCAGAAUCAGAUUCAGAUGUUGAUGAAAUGUCCAAAAUAUCAUUUGGUGCUCUUAAUCGAGCUCAAACCAAACUAAAUAAAAACAACCAAAAGCAUAAACCCUCAUCAUGGAAGGAGAAUAUUAAUAAUUCCUCUGAAGAAUUUUUCGAUUCAGACUCAGAUUCAGAUGGUCCACCAGAAGAAACAAGUUCCAAAGAUACCAAAAAGAAGAAAAACAAACAUGCGCCAUCAGAAUCCUCUUCCAAACGACCAGUCUCAAGGAUAAGAGAUAUACCAGGAUUACCCUCUCGAAAGCAACAAACUUUACAUACUGAUAUUAGAUUUGAUGCUGCGUAUGGGAAAGCUGAUUUGAUAAAGGCAAGGAAAGAUUAUGCCUUUUUAGAUGAAUAUCGAAAGCAAGAAAUAGCAAGUAUGGAAAGUUUAUUAAAGGAUAAAAAGAAUAAAUUGAAUGAUGAUGAAAGAGAAGAGAUUAAACUACAGUUACAAUCAUUGAAAUCUCGAAUGGAUACUUUGAAAAAUCGUGAUUUGGAAAAUAAUAUAUUAUCAAAUUAUAAAAAGCAACAAAUGGAAAGUUUUAAAGAAGGUAAAGUAAAUAAACCUUAUUUUCUUAAACGUAGUGAUAAACGAAAGAUAUUACAAAAGGCCAAAUUUGAUUCUAUGAAACCUAAACAAAGAGAAAAAGCAAUGGAAAGGAAAAGGAAAAAGAGAUUGGGUAAAGAAUUCCGACAAUUGGAAUUUAGGCCAACUAAUCGAUAA